AAAGCUUCCAUGUAUAUUUAUUUUUGGAAUAACAAAACAAAGCUGUGUACGUAACUUUAAAUUACACCCUUUGCACUUUUACGACGGUCCCUAACUUCAGUGGGUCAUCUCUCCUACUUUCAAUCCUUGCAGGCUUUAAGCUAUGUGAAAACAUAUCCUGUGCUACAUCAAGAGAGAUUUAUCCGUCACAUUACUACAGAACCGUUGCCAAUUGAUGGUCAUGGUGUAACGUAGGCUAUAGAGGAGCAACCUCGGUGAGUGUGUGAAUAACAUCAAGCCGGGUAACGUUACACUUCCAGCAGCUGUCGUGCCCGGCUGUGCCGCCAGUCAGAGGCGGGGGACCCGACCAUCUGAAGCGGAGUGGGGGUAGUCAGCUAAGCUGCUUACAGCCCGGCCAGCAGGCCCACGGUUCAACUGAUGCGAAGAAGGGACGGCUUUAUCACCGCAGCGAAAGAUGGCAUACAAAGAGAGGUGUUGUUCGGUACUGCUAGCAUCGACAUAACUGGAUCAGACAUCCUGAAGGAAUGUUCAGCCUCACGGAAGUAGCCUCCCUGAAUGACAUCCAGCCGACUUAUCGAAUACUGAAACCAUGGUGGGAUGUCUUCAUGGAUUAUCUUGGUAUUGUCAUGUUGAUGUUGGCCAUAUUUUCUGGAACGAUGCAGUUAACUAAGGACCAAGUGGUUUGUCUUCCCAUUAUGGAACAAACUCCAGAGGGGGCUGGGGGCUUUUUAGGACCCCAACCACCAGAGAUAGUUGAUAGUUUAUGGAACAAAGAAAGCGCCGUUGGAGAGCAAGCCGCUCCUUUAAUGGCUAGAAGGCCUCCUGAUAGCAUCGCCCCUACAGUUCACUUCACGCAGUCUGGUACUCUUGGGCAGCCUCAGCCUACAGGUGUCAGGACUAAGCUGGAUUUUCAGCAGUAUGUUUUUGUCAAUCAGAUGUGCUACCAUGUUGCCCUUCCUUGGUAUUCCAAAUAUUUUCCAUACCUGGCUCUAAUUCACACCAUUGUAUUAAUGGUCAGUAGCAACUUCUGGUUCAAGUACCCAAAGACAAGUUCUAAAAUAGAACAUUUUGUUUCGAUACUGGGAAAAUGUUUCGAAUCGCCUUGGACUACCAAAGCACUGUCCGAGACUGCCUGCGAGGACUCGGAGGAGAACAAGCAGAGACUGGCUGGGGCCUCCUCCCUCCUGAAGCAUCUGUCAACAUGCAGCGAGGAGGGGAGUCCAAAUCAGUCCGUCCCAAUGCUGACUAAACCUGGGCUCACGUUUUCUGCUGAAAAGCUUGUGAGUGAAGUUCCCGCCAUGACCAUUCUGGACAAGAAAGAUGGUGAGCAAGCAAAAGCCCUGUUUGAAAAAGUCCGGAAAUUCCGUGCCCAUGUGGAAGACAGUGACUUGAUUUACAGGCUGUAUGCCAUUCAGACAGUCAUCAAAACAGUUAAGUUCAUUUUGAUCCUCUGCUACACGAUGACUUUUGUUGCCUCUAUAGAAUUUGACCAUGUGUGUGAGCCUGAAAUAAAGCAUUUGACUGGAUAUACAAAGUUCCACUGUACACACAACAUGGCGUUCAUGUUAAAGAAACUCCUUGUUAGUUAUAUUGCUCUUAUAUGCGUUUAUGGCAUAAUCUGUAUAUACACACUGUUCUGGCUUUUUCGGAGACCACUUAAGGAGUAUUCCUUUGAAAAAGUCAGAGAGGAGAGCAGCUUCAGUGAUAUUCCAGAUGUUAAGAAUGACUUUGCAUUCCUCCUCCACAUGGUCGAUCAGUAUGACCAGCUGUAUUCAAAGCGUUUUGGUGUUUUUCUCUCUGAGGUGAGUGAGAACAAACUUCGGGAGAUCAGCCUGAACCAUGAGUGGACUUUUGAGAAGUUGCGGCAGCAUGUGACGCGCAAUUCUCAAGAAAAGUUGGAACUCCAUCUUUUUAUGCUCUCUGGGGUGCCAGAUGCUGUGUUUGAUCUCACCGAUUUGGAAAUCCUUAAACUAGAAUUAAUCCCAGAGGCCAGGAUAACUGCUAAAAUCUCACAAAUGAUAAACCUCCAGGAGCUGCACUUGUAUCACUGUCCAGCCAAAGUUGAACAGACUGCUUUCAUUUUUCUGCGUGAUCAUCUCCGGUGCCUUCAUGUCAAAUUCACAGAUGUUGCUGAGAUUCCAAGCUGGGUAUACUUGUUGAAAAAUUUAAGGGAACUGUACUUGGUUGGUAACCUGAACUCUGAAAACAACAAAAUGAUCGGACUCGAGUCUCUGCGAGACCUCAGGCACUUAAAUAUUCUGCAUCUCAAAAGCAACCUAACAAAGAUCCCGACAAACAUAACGGAUCUGUCUCCACAUCUGAUCAAGUUGGUCAUUCAUAAUGAUGGUACAAAGCUCUUAGUGCUGAAUAGUUUGAAGAAAAUAAUGAAUCUCGCCGAACUGGAGCUUCUUAACUGUGAGCUGGAGCGAAUCCCCCAUGCUAUUUUCAGUUUGAACAACCUUCAGGAACUUGAUCUAAAAUCCAACAACAUUCGUACCAUUGAGGAGAUCAUCAGCUUCCAGCACCUUAAGAGACUGACGUGCCUCAAACUUUGGCACAAUAAAAUCAUCACCAUUCCAUUGUCAAUUAGCCAUGUAAAAAACCUUGAGUCACUCUAUCUCUCACACAACAAGCUUGAGUGUCUACCCUCAUCGUUAUUCACCCUUCCCAAGUUGAGGUACCUCGAUGUUAGCCACAACUCUGUAGUGGUAAUACCACUGGAGGCUGGCUUUCUGCAGAACCUCCAACAUUUUGCCAUUACCGGCAACAAAGUUGAGGUAGUUCCUAAGCAACUGUUCAAAUGCAACAAACUGAGGACCUUAUGUCUCGGCCACAACUGUAUCUCCUCCAUUCCAGAGAAAAUUGGCCAACUAUCGCAGCUGACACAUCUGGAACUGAAGGGAAACUGUCUGGAUCGUCUCCCGGCUCAGCUUGGUCAGUGCAGCCUCCUGCACAGGAGCUGCCUGAUUGUGGAGGAUCAUCUCUUUGACUCGCUCCCCAUGGAGGCAAAAGAGAGCAUAAAUCAGGACUCUAGUGCUUCUUUUCCAAAUGGGUGUAAGUGUCUAAGUGAUGGACGGUAGUCACAUCCUACGUGGCAUAAAAUGUCUGGCAUUUCAUCUUGGGUGUAAAUAAGUCUUUUAAAAAUUAGAAACAGUAUUUACAUGGUACAGUACUGGUGCACCUCAUGAUGUAUUAGUAACUUAUAUGACAUACCACAGCACAUACAAGGUCGGUAGAACUCUAGGAUUGAUCAUGGCUGGUGUCAUGUCUACAGUGGAUCUAUGGACAUUUCUAUCCUUUUGAUCCUUUUUAGCUUUGUGAUUUAAUUUAAUUAUAUUUACAUUAACUAGAUACACCUAAUUGACCUCAACUUAAAAGGGACAGUUUACUCAAAUUACAAAAACACCUUUCCUGUAAUGGUAUCUAACCAUGCAGUUAGUUUAGAAAUUUCUGCCUCCACCCAAAUAAAAUGGAUCUUAGUAGAUUUUGGUCUGCAGUGAGCACCUCACAGCAACAAGAUAUCAUGUUUGAAAUGAUUCAACAGCAUCAUUUCUUCCCUGUAACAGUGGGAUAAGACCUUGCAGUUUUUAUUACCCCUACAUUUUAUCAAAUAAAUAUUCUUAAUGAAACCUGUUUACAGCAAGUGUAUUGAUUAUCCAGAGUGACUGGGUCAUUGCUUCUGGAAGAUGUUGCUGUUGAAAUGUUCAAGGCUGUACGCACCAUGCACAAAAUGCCCUUCCCCUCAAUUGAGGCAGAAAUUUUAAGUACGGAUAUCUCAAAACUUCACGAUGAUAGCGAGAUAUAGUAAGCAAAUAUGUGUUUAUGUUACCAAAUAUGUUCUGUUUCUGUUCUGUUAUUUGGGUGAACUGACCCCUUCAAAAAAAUAUUCUACUCAAGAUCCAAUUGCCAGCUUCACCCAUUUGGUGGUAUCAGACUGUCC